UUGCUGAAUCUUCAGUCGAUAAUACAGAGUGAGGAUAAACGGUUUUAAAGGAGGGGAGAGCGACGUGACAUGGAAGGAGAGUCGCAAGUCGUCACUCGUUUUGUAGCAUUGAUGAAGUGCGUACUGUACGGCUUCUUGUUAGUCGUGCGGGCAUCGGCAAGUGUUGAGUGUGUAAAAUCGGUCCGUUAAAAAAGAAAUACGAAUUUUUCAAUCAUGGGUGGAUACGCCUGGGUUACAUUAGCUACCAACGACGCUUAUUCUUUGGGAGCCUUAGUUUUGGCACACUCCUUGCAUCAAGUUGGUACCAAGCACGAAUUGGCCGUUUUGAUUACUCCUGGAGUAACACAAACCAUGAGGGAAAAAUUAUCAGCAAUCUUUUCUUUUGUAAUGGAAGUAAAUGUACUUGAUUCAAAGGAUGAAGCUAAUUUAGCACUUUUAGCUAGACCAGAAUUGGGUGUUACAUUUACCAAAUUGCAUUGCUGGAGAUUGACUCAAUAUGAAAAAUGUGUGUUCCUUGAUGCAGACACACUUGUCAUCAGAAAUUGUGAUGAAUUAUUUGAAAGAGAAGAACUGUCUGCUGCUCCUGACGUUGGUUGGCCUGAUUGUUUCAAUUCUGGUGUAUUUGUAUACAGACCAUCCCAACAAACUUUUGCUUCUAUUACUGCAUUUGCUGCUGCUAAAGGUUCAUUUGAUGGCGGAGAUCAAGGAUUAUUAAAUAUGUACUUUAGUGAUUGGGCUAAAAAAGAUAUUUCUAAACAUUUACCGUUUAUCUAUAAUAUGUGUUCUACUGCUACAUACUCUUAUCUUCCUGCAUUCAAGCAGUUUGGACAUGAUGUUAGAAUAAUACAUUUUAUUGGUAUUACAAAACCAUGGUUACAGUAUUUUGACACCUUGACUGGUAUUGUUCAACCACCUAUGGAUUCUUCACACUUGCAACCAUUAUUGCAAUUAUGGUGGAACAUAUUUUGUGAAAAAGUUCAUCCUCAAUUAUCACCUAUUAUGGCUACCAGCACAUUGGCACCAAUUUGGCACAAAUUUAUUCCUAUGCCUUCUGAAUCCUUUUUUCCAAGAAGUCCCACUUACAUGGACAUGCAAAACAAAAUACAGAAUGACAUAUAUUUAGAACCACCAGACUUCUCAGAAUUCCAAGAUCCAUGGGAAAAUUAUUAUGUACCAAAUGAUUCAGUUAUCUAUAAAGCAGAAAAUAAUAAAAGACAACAGUAUUAUUUCAAAAUCAAUAGUUCUUCACCUAUAUCUAUAUUAAAUGAAAGUUCAAAAUCUAUAUGUCAGAGCCAGUCAUCACCAGAAUGUAACAGGGAAUUCUAUCAUAAUCAACAAUGUAGUGAAAAUAUGUCUUCUUCACAUAUGCAAAAUCACCAUAAUCAAGUACAGUCUAAUCAAUUCAUGAAUGAAAUUGAGCAACAACAUUUGUUUCCUAAUUCCAAUGAUACAUCCACUUUAAAUGUAGAAUCUAAUCAUCAACAAACUCAAGACAAUAUAGAAAAAUAUAUUUCUGUGCAUAAUAUGCAAUAUCAUCAUUCUAGCGAAUCCCAUUAUCAAUCUACUAACAACCAAUAUAUUUCCCAAAGUACUUGCAAUGAUAGUAAUAGAUUAGUAUCAGAAGAAAUAAUGCAACAUCAGCAUAUUGAGUAUAAACAUUCCUCUAAUAAUAGUAACAAAUCAUUUUCAGAAGAAAUAAAACAUCAACAUAAUGAAGCUUAUGUUGAUCAUCAUUGUAGUUAUUGUCAAAUGUUUGAUAAUUUAAAUAAUAAACAACUUGUUCAACAUUAUGGACAAGAAAACCAAACUUGUAAAUCUUUAGAUGUCAAUAUUAAUCAUGACCAAGCUAUGCCAAAUAACAUAGCUUAUCAGAAUAAUCUCUCAAAUAAGCAAAAUACUGAACGAAAUGAAAAUAUAAACGUUACAGACAAACGGACAAGCACACUAAUAUCUACUAGUCCUCAUCCUGAUUCCAAACCUUGUACAGAUUUCCACAAUGUAGCAACGCAAUCUGAUUUACACAUAAUGGAUGAUCCAAAUAGUUCAAAUGCUGGCCUAGCUGGUGCCUUGGCUCAAAUGACAUUAGGUGAACCCAGAAGCGCUGAACAAAUUGCAUUAGAAGAACAUAUGCGAAAACAAAGUUGGGAACAAGGUCAAAUAGAUUAUAUGGGUCGCGAUAGUUUUGACAAUAUAUGGAAAAAAAUUUGUGAAACACUUGCUCUUGCGCCUCCACGGUUACCGUCCCCUCCUAAAGAAAUGCAAAAACCUGAAAAAGCUACAACUGACAAGACUGAUGAAUCUGUUAAAACCACUGAAGCUAUUCAAUCUACUGAAUCUGUAGAUGAAGUGGAUAAAGAAACUGCUCAGGCAACUACCUGUAAUACGGAAGAACAAUCUGUAGUUAAUGAUGUUCCUAUAACAAAUGUACCUAAAUUAUCGGGAGAUGAAGAGAGUGAAGAUAUUUCCCAAAAAUUUUCAACAAAAUCAGGAAGUGCAAUACCUGAUAUAUUUAUGGAUUCUUCUACAAAUUUAUCAAUGCAAACAUCUCAUAAAAAAGUUGCAGAACUCAAUACAACUUCAAGUACAAGUUCAUUAUUAAAAGAAAUUCCACAACAGACAACUGUAUCUAUAGAACCAUCUAACUUAGUUCAAUCUUCUUCCAUUGAAGAACAAAAAGUAAUUACCUCACAAAAAGAAAUUAAAAGCGAGUUAGAAAAUGUAAAAAUUCUUGAAAUUACAGUAGAUACCCAAGAAAUAAAACAACCAGACCUUAGAGAUGAAAAACAUGCAAAAGAAUUCCUAACUGCUUCUGAAAUUCUAACAGUUAGCCCUGUUCCUAUCCAAGUUGCAGAAUCUGUAUUACAAGUGGAACCAAAAGAAUCUAUGUCAGAUUCUCAGAUAAUGCCGCAAGAAAUUCUUUCCUCUACAAUUACACCUGUUCAUUUAACGGAAACAGAAGAUAAGGUACAUAUAAAUGGUUCGACAUCUUCAAUUAAUUUUACACAAAAUAAAGAAAAAUUAAAUUUGGAUAAUUCCACAACUGCAAUGAGUAUCGAUACUGCCAAUAAAUUAAGCCAAUUAGAAGAAACUCCACAGAGCUUAUUGUCAAUAGAGCAAGUUGAAACUCAACUUACUGAAACACCUAUAUUAUCUUCAGAAAAUUUAAAUAUACCAGAGAAAUCAGUGCAGGAACAAACAAUAGAAUUAGAACAACAAAGUAAAGAAGGUGAACCUGACAGAGGUGAAUCUAAGGGGAAUAUAAAACAAAUAACAGAAUCAACUGAAACUCCAUCAGAGCAUGAAGUAACUGAAUCAGCACCAUCAGACAAAACUCCAGUUAGGCCAUUAAGAACAAAAGAAUUAAAUGCACCUUCAACAAGUAUUCAAAAAACUGCACAGCCAGAUCCAACAGAUCAAGAGAAAAUAGUGAAAAAGAUUGGAAGAAAAUCUACAGAAAAGUCAGUGUCAGAAGUGGAACCUAUGGAAGCAACUGAUGGUGAUGGUGAAAAAAAAGUAGCCAAAAAAGUAAUAAAAAAGAUUACAAAGAAAACAAAAACAAAAUCAGAAGAAGGACCAGAUGAUAGUGCAGUAGACAGUAGUUCUUCAAGUAAACAGAAAAAGCCUGUAAAAGUUGUUAAAAAAGGUAUAAAAUCGUCACAAACACCUGUUACUGAUAUCACUGUUCCUGAGACAGUAUCAUCUAGUACUUCUGAUGCACCAGUUCCACCUAAAAGAAAAACAAAACCCACAGCUUCAAAACCAGCUAUUAAAAAAUCCGAUGUAGAGCAGUAAUUAUAUCAAAAAGCAGACAAUAAUUAUUUACAUAUUCUAUAUAAAAGUUUAAAAACUGUAAACUAUGAAAAGAAUGAAAAAUGAUACUCGCUAGUCCUUUCUAAUUUUUUAUAUUUUUAAUAUAUCUCAAACUGUAUCACUCAUAGCUUUGCUACUUUUUUAAAUAUUUUGGAAUUUUGUUAGAUAACAUUAUAUUCCAACAUGUUUUCUGCUUCAUAAUUUAUAUAAUCUGAUUACAUGCCUCUUUUUUAAUGAUGUGUCAGUAGUAAAUAAAACUUUUCUAAAUUAUACUCCUAUCUAUUUGUUUAUAUAUGUUGGAAUGAAAUUAAUAUCAUUUAAAGUAUAAUCUUCUGUAAUUAUUAAUAACAUCUAUUAUUUUAAUAUGUAUCUUAACUAAUUUUGUACUCAAUUAUUAGCUUCAAUUUAUUUAGUAACAUAUAUAUGAGUAGCUGUGAUUGAUUAUCUUUAAAAUACAUAUUAUUUUAACAAAGAUGUAAAAGGAUAUCUUUACAUUUUAUAGAACUAUUGGUCAAGAAAUGUUGCAAAAGAUAAUUACAUAUUUAUACAUUUUAUAUAUAUUAAUUUGUAUCUUCGUAUACUUAUAUACAGAAACAUAUAUAAUAUGCAAUCGUACUAUCAUUAUAUACAUUUUUAAUUUAAAAAAAUGUCAGACAUUGUGUUUGAAUACAUUCAUUAAGAUCAAAAGAUACAUAAGUCUUAUUUAUUACCCAUUUACAGAUAAUCCAUUUCAAUUUGUAAACAAAAUUUAGUAAUUUUACAAUUACAUUUGCGUACCUACAUAUAUGUUUCCUUAUAUUAAUUAAAUUAUCCUUUACUGUAUUUAUUUAAUAUUUAUGAUACAUAAAUAAUUACCCAUACUAUUGAAAUUAUACUGUUCUCACUUAAUAUCUAAUAAAUAAAGAUGGUAGAAAAGGAAGAGUAUUUUAUUCAA